AUUAUCAUCAUUUUCACCUGGUUAUUAUUCGUUUUAAAUUGAAAGUGUUGACCUUCAUUCAAGGUUAUUGUAAUUAACCAAUCCAAUCAUAGUAUCAAAUCAAUGAAAUUACCAUUAUCUGGAUCAUUAGUUACAAUCACUUCGAAUAAGUCAGAUUUUAGAAAAAGAGAAAAAUCUCGUCAAGUAAAUACAAUGUUAGCAAUAAAGUUUUUUAUUUAUAAUCCAGAAUGUUCUAUUCCAAUUACUUAUCGUUUACAAUGGUCAUUAUUUAAAAAUAUGGAUUGGAAUAAAUUAAUAAAAAAAUUACAUGAAAUAACACAUAAACAAUAUUCUGGUUUUACAUUAACAUGGAAUGAUGGAUUUCAUAAUUGUAUUAUAACAGAUGUAAAAGAUAUUCUAAGAGCUUUAGAAUAUAUGCAAACUAAACAAUUACAUCAUGAUGAUUGUUUACAUAUAAAAGUGAAUAGUUUACCAAAAUCACUUCCAAAUGAAAAUGUAUUUACUACUAGUAAUUCAUCUAAAGUAUUGAAUCAAGUUUAUCCACCUACAUAUACUGAAGCAAUUGGUUCACAAACGAAUUCAUUACCGAAAACAAAUCGAACAGAGAAUAAAAUUAUUAUUAUACGUUCUAAUCAACCGGCUAGAAAUUAAUAGAAUACAGUUAAUUCAUAUUCUUGUACUUUUAUCAAGUUAAGGACGUGAGAUCUCCACAACUCACUUGAAAAUGGGAUCUAAUUUUGUAAUUUCAUGUUGAAAAUUUGAAUUUCCUUGUUUUUGCGCCAAUAGUACUCUUUUCACCUUCAUGUCGUAUUUCCCACUUGGGAGAAUCUUAAAUGCUAUUGGGCCGUUGUGUCUUUUAGUAUGUUAUUUUGUGACGUUUCCCAAGGACGGUUAUGUGCUGUAUAUAUAUAUAUAUAUACGUUUUGAUUUAUGUCUGUUGUUAUCGCUCAUGUUUUUGGCAUUUUGCGAAAUAUACUUCCCCGUUCGAACUUCAAAUUCUCUCUCUAGUAAGAGGGGAGGGGGCUGGGAUGCAAUAGAAUCACUAGUUUAUUGGUCUUUAUUCACAAGUUUUUGUUUCCGUUCACAGACCCAACAGAAAGCUA